AGCAUUACAAUGGAGGCAGCUCAUCAGAUUGAACAUCCUCCCAUUCACAGUGAAGACCCAAGUAAGAAAUACAGCCAGAACAAGAAGCUAUCAGGAGCAAGUACAGAUAUUGAAAAGCUUUAUGAAGCAGUACCACAGCUUGGAAACCUGUUCAAAAUUAAAGGAAAAAUUGGUGAAGGUACCUUUAGUUCUGUUUACUUAGCUGUAGCUCAGCGGCGAGGAAACCAAGAAGAAAAAGUGGCUUUGAAACACUUGAUUCCUACUAGUCAUCCUGUACGAAUUGCUGCUGAACUUCAGUGUCUUAUAGUAGCAGGGGGUCAGGAUAAUGUUAUGGGAGUGAAGUGUUGUUUUAGAAAAAAUGAUCAUGUGGUUAUUGUUAUGCCAUAUCUGGAACAUGAAUCCUUUUUGGACAUCUUGAACUCUCUCUCCUUUGAAGAAGUGAGAGAUUAUAUGUAUAAUCUCCUUAAAGCUUUGAAGCGUAUUCAUCACUUUGGUAUUAUUCAUCGUGAUGUCAAGCCCAGUAACUUUCUAUACAACCGGCAACUGAAACAGUAUGCCCUGGUUGACUUCGGUUUGGCCCAAGGAACUCCGGAGACCAAAAUCGAACUUCUCAAAGUUAUCCAGUCUGAAGCCCCUCAGGGAAGUUGCACAUACACUAAGCCUCAGAUAACUUUGGGAAGCCAGGCGUCUGUCACUUCCACGGCACCUAGACACCCAACUCAGCAGUCAGCUACAAAAACUGCCAAUAAAAGACCUUGUUCUGCUUCACAAACCCAGAUUAAAGAAGGACACAAAAGAAAGGAGGGGCAAGAGUGCUUUGCUCAUCAGCGCUCUGUCUUCGGAGAGAGGAAUUUCAAUGUCCGAAGUCCUACAUUUCAGGACCGUUCCUCAGUUAAACUCGUAAAACAGCCCAAAGUGACAGAUAUUCCAUCUAGAAAACUGUCAGCAAAGAAGAAGGCAACUUCAACUCUGAAUAACGGUGUAGCCAAGAAAGCUGCCAGCAGUUGUCCAGCGAACUUGUCCUGCGACUGUUAUGCAAAAGAUAGAGUCUGCAAUAUUUGUCUUUCAAGGCGUCAGCAAGUUGCUCCAAGGGCUGGUACACCUGGAUUCAGAGCACCGGAGGUAUUAAUCAAGUGUCCUCACCAGUCAACAGCAAUUGACAUGUGGUCUGCAGGCAUCAUAUUUCUUUCUCUGCUGAGUGAUCGAUAUCCGUUUUACAAAGCGGGCGAUGAUUUAACGGCUUUGGCACAGAUUAUGACUAUUCGUGGAUCCAGGGAAACAAUUCAAGCUGCUAGAACAUUUGGUAAAUCAAUACUGUGUAGCAAAGAGAUCCUGGCUCAGGAUUUACGGAAGCUCUGUGAGAGGCUGAGAGGGAACGGUACCAGCUUUGACAUCUCAACAGGAGAUGUACAGAUCAAACCUCCUCAGGAAUCUGCUUUGUCAACGGAAAUCAGCAAUGCUUUUGAGGCUUCACUCCAGGGUCCCCAAAAGCACAUACACUACCAGAAGCAGCAUCGUCACGGAGGCGAUGGCACAGAUAUGAGGAUUACUGAAAAAGGAGCUGAUCCAAAAGGAUGGGACAAAGUUCCCGACGAGGCCUAUGAUCUUCUUGAUAAACUGCUUGACUUAAAUCCUGCUACAAGAAUCACUGCCAAGGAUGCUUUGCUGCACCCCUUUUUCAGAAAUAUGAAGCAAUGAAAAGACUCUUGACACUAAAUGCUAGAAGAAGUGGGGUUCACAAUCCACAUUUCGUUAAAUGAAACCUAAAUCCUGACAAGGACAUCGCAUCCACUUACUUGGCUUCACAGCAGCAUCCAUCUUCCUGCAAAUAAAUUAUUACAUGCGUUUCUCUUUGUUAUUGAUCUGUUGAGCCAUUUCUUAAUGGUGUUGAAUUUGAUAGGAUCAUUGAGGAUACUGAACCACCACCACAAGGCUUUUUGUGCCUUAGAAUGGUACCCAUGUUGUCUUUUCACAUACUCGGGAAUAUUAUCUAUACCAGAUCAUUUUCUACCAUGUUCUUGACCUCUAGGAGUAUGAUUGCUGUUUACAUCCCAGCUUGCAUUGCAAAUGCUGCCAUGGAUGGAUACAAAGGGUGCUAUAUGUAAACCAGUAUAAAAUUGUGACUGAAGUGAGAUUUAAAUUUAUAUGUAUGUACAUUUUAGGAUGACCAUUGUACUUUGCAAUGAAAAAUGUGUAAGUGCCUGUACAUGAAAAAGAAACUGGGAUCUGGGAAGUUUUGAUAAGUUACUUCUGAAGGCAACCUGCUUGAAAAUGAGUGUUUGAGCAGAUUUGUUUUCAGUGUAAAUUUGUAUGUGUGUGUGUGUGCGUGUCAGUAACUAAAUUCAAAUAAUCAAUUUCUUCCACCUUUUUAUUUCUUUAAUUAUCAAGAUUGAUGUAAUUUUAAUGGGUAUUACAAUUAAUAAAAAAUUGGGGUAUUAUAGAAAAA